GAUAUGACGCUAGUUAGCUGUUUUGCUAAGAAAACACGUUCAUUUCUACUCACUUUUAUUUCUAUUUUUUCUGGUAACUUGAAGAAACUUCAUAUGAUAUAAUGUUCACAGCCUUUUUCCACCUACUGUGAUCGACCGUUUAUUAUAUUUUGCUGUGAAUCCUGCCGAAGAGCUUUAGGAAUGGACCACCACAGAUCCAGCAACCCCGUCUCCAGUUACCAGCAUCAUCCCCGUCAGUCCCCAUACAGACGAGAAAGGGAAGGACAUCACUCUAACGGUGAACGCAUCAGACGAACAAACCACCAUCAGGAUCUGUCCGUGCCAACACCGGCGCCACUGACCUUUCAUGGUCUGAGCACCAGAAAGGAGCUUUAUGAGAAGGACUUUCCGUUGUACAGACAGCCUGUGGAAGUUGGAGGUUUCUCCCUUGACACUCAGCGUAGAUUUUUCAAUGACAGCAGACAGAUGAGAUACUACGUGGAGCCUGAAAGAAACCCUAAUUUUGACCUGAGAGAUGGGUACAAGGACCGCUUCACAAAGAGGGACGAAAGCGUGAAGGAGAAGCUGGACCACAUUCUCCGAUGGAUUGUAGCUAAUAGAUCCAAGCUUAAGUCAAGAGCAACUACAAGUUCAUCAUGUGCCUUGGAUGCUGAUUUUGUGACAUGGCGUGGUCAUCUGACCAAGCUGCUGACCACUCCUUAUGAAACGAGGGAUGGUUGGUCGCUUGCAGUCACCAAGUUCAAUGGCACAAUUUACAUCAGUGAGGUGGAAACAGAAGCUGCUCGCUUGGAACGAGAGAACCGACCUGCGAGGCUCCAUGAGAUGAUGUACUGGGGAUACAAGUUUGAGCAGUACAUAUGUGCAGAGAACACCCACAGUUCACCUGACCCCAGCGGAGUGGUUAACACCAACGAGGCCUUCUGCACUGUGGUUCAGACUCGACUUGCAGAUCACAAACUCUUGUUCUCCGGGGAGGUGGAUUGUCGGGAUAAAGAUCCCAGUGCGCCACCUCCUCCUGCUUGUUAUGUGGAGUUGAAGACCUCUGCAGAAAUCUGCACACCCAAGCAGCGCAGCAACUUCCACAGGUUCAAACUGCUCAAAUGGUGGGCCCAGUCUUUUCUCCCUGGAGUCCCCCGCAUUGUGGCAGGUUUCAAAGAUCACAAUGGCGUUGUUGUAUCCGUGGAAACCUUUCAUGUCUCCAAAAUUUCUCAUCUCAUCAAGAAUGAAUACAACUGCUGGAAGCCAACAGUUUGUAUGAACUUCUGCAGCGAGUUUCUGUCUUUUGUGAAGAGCGUAGUUACAGAAGACAGUCACAGAGUGGUGUACCUGUUCUCCUGGGAACCCCGCAAAGAUGUGAACUACUCUGUCCACAGGGAUUCCCAGUACUCCUUUCUGCCAAACUGGUACAUCGAGAAGAUGACCAGCAAAGACUCCCAGCACCCUCACUCCUGAAGGGAGUGAGGUUUUUUUUUUAUCAAACACCAAAACAAAGACUUUGAAUGACCAAUCAACCACCCAAUACUGCAUGAUAUUUUAGCUUCUUUUUUUCCUUUUACUUUUUAUACGGCAUGAAUGGACCAUGAAUAAAACAAAUACAAGGAAUUUUAAUAUUGUUCUUGGAAAUGUAUUUUCUUUAUUAAAACAAUCCUUAUGUAAAUAAGUGAAGAUAAAAAUCAAGAUAUCAUUAGAUAAGCAGUUAAAAAGUAUUCUCAUGUAAACAUGUCAAGUACAUUUUGAGUAAAAUAAGACAGUUAUUGAUUCCUGUGGCUAAAGUCUUAUUUUCCAAAUGCAUCACUGCUUUUACUAUUUUGAGAUGAAUGGCAAAAGGUCCACCAGUUUCCCAACUGAGCAGUUUAAAGGCAAAGGAGUUCAGUCUGGUGAGGUUUUUCAUUUUUUGUUUUAACUUUAGUAGCAGAUUUGCUUGUACUACAACAGCAGGGUGUCGGGCUUGUCUGCAGUCUGCGCUCUCAGAAUGCCCUUAUACCUGAAGAAAUAAAGUGCUCAUACUCCACCAGACUGAACAGCCAGCAGUUUAACAGCAACAGAGAGAAACAACUUUAGGAUAAGGGCAGGACCCAGUUUCAUUCACCAAAACAGAGAUCAUACAGAUAAAAACUACUGCUCACAAAUGCAGCACCAAUAAACUGUAAAUAAUGGAAGAAACCUGCAUGACAACAUUUACAUACAGCAUACUGACCAUUACACGAAUAAAAAUAAAACUCAGUGCAUCCCAGUUGUCUGCAGUGUUUGUGUAAUCAACUCACAAAACUUGACAUUUCAAUCUUUUCUAUUUGAAUCAUUCUUAGUUCACAUAAGCCCCAUAUGAACACUGAGCGGUUCGGUCCGGGCCAGUAGGGUCCGUUACGCUAUUUUGUGUGUUCCCAUUAUAAAAGGUCCCAUACAACCAAACUGUUUCUGGGCCCCCUUUUG